UUUCAGGAUAGUAUUAAUUUUAAUUUUUCAGUUGAACGCCCAAAAGCGAUCAGAGUAAGCCCUGCAUCAUCUUCUCUACGCCGAACAAGCUCCCUCGAUACAAUUGGUCCUUAUUUACAAGGAAAAUGGCCAGUAGAUGUGGGAAGUCAUCACCAUACUCAGUCAUCUGGUACUUUUAUGGCAGAUAAACAGACACAGACACCAGAAGACUGGCAUGUUGAGGUGAUUGAAAAUAAAGCAGAGAAGAAAAAGAAAAAGCACAGACGUUCAGCAUCAUUUGGGCAUGCUGAUAAAAAAUUAGCUUUGAACAGUAUACGACAGAAAUUACAGAAAACAAAGGACCAAGGAACAAAACAGCGUUCCAGCCCAAUUCCAGGCAACCACAAUGCAUUACUACAAACCGCGCCUGCAGUUUUGAUGCGAUCUCCUGCCAUUGGUAUACACAUUCCCAAAACCUCCAUACCACGAUAUCAACGCAAUAGUGUGGAGGGACUCAAUCCAGAGAUAGAGAAGAUGAUGCAGUUGAACAUCUCGGCACCAGAGGAUGAGAUAGAGAGGUCUAUUGAAAUUCCUGAUGGUCAUAGAGCUCCAGUACCGGAAAUCCGACACAGUGGCACCAGAAGCAUCGACACCCAGACACCGUCCGGAACCCUGGAUGACCGAAGUUCCGGUAGCCCUGCUAGUCCAGCAAGCCGUCCACACUCCAUUAGUCCAGCUAUUCCAAUAAUGGCCGGUAAUUUGGAGAAUUCACCAAGACCGUCCAGUAACUAUGAUUCCUCAGGAAGCACUCCACGUGAUAAAUACGACAAAGAUACAGGUGAUAGUGAAAGUCCUGAUGUUUGCCUAAAGAAAACUGCAAGUCCUAAACCUAACAAAAUAGUGCGCGAGCCUCCUGAUGGUUGUGAAAUUGUCAAGGCCUUCGACGAAGACAGAAGUGGUCGUCCACCAUCCAUAAAGGAGCCGUUGUUAUUUUGUCCUAUCCAAGGUCAAGGUCAGUUUGUGUUGAAGCCGAGUAUCAGUUCUGCCUUCUGUCCUCUCAAGAACAUGUACACUCAGGGAACCAGUUUCUCACAAACCACGCCCACUAGCAUAGAGGGACAUUAAGGGCAGCUAUUUAUUGACUUGUUUCAUCUCAUGUUAGUAAUAAUUGUGUUUUUUAAAUGUACAUUUUAAAGAAAGAAGAAAAGAGAAGUGUCAAAUAAUGCUAUUUUUGAAUCAUUCCUGUAGAUGUUCGAGUUUUCAAGGUAAAAAUGUCAGGCUUUAGGUUCCAUCUUCUGAAUACAACAUUUGUCAUGUAACUUUUUCUCAAACAACCAAUCUGAUGGUAAUAAUUUUAGCCUGGUACUCAAAUAUUUUAGUUAUAUAUGGACCAUGUUGAUUAAACUCUAGUAACCAGUCUAUUACCAGUCAAUUGCACAAAAGUAUCUAUUUUGAUUAAAAAAAAUACAAUCUCUAAAAUAUUUUCAAAAGCUCCAGACAAAUUACAAGGUCAAGGUUGUUAGAUCAGUGUUCGCAAUGUUAGAUAUCUAAUUUCAAACAUUAUGCAUCAAAAAGUUUUCCUUGUUUGAUUUUCAGAUUUCUUAGAUUAACAGGUUUUAUGUCAUGUGGUUUUAAGUGUCUGUGAUAGAAAUCAAAAUUAUUCAGCUUUUCUAUAGAAGAAGUAGCUAGAUAAAUAUCUUUGGCUUCAUUUGUUGGAGGAAAUAAACCAACAAGUUGUCUUACAUAAAAAAUACCAUCAAUAAGAUUGUCUUGUUGAUACAAUGUACUCAGUUUUAGAAACAUAAUAUGGCCUUAUUUUACUUUAAGUAUAUGAUAUAGAUAAAAUUUAAUUACCAUAUUCUAGUAUCUUAAUUUUUCUGGCUGGAGAUAAGGACAAUUUGAAAAGGGUUUAGAAUAUAAACUAAAGUAUAUGCUGCCUUGUAACUUUAUUUAAAGCUAUUUCCAUACAUCAUAUUUUCGAUCAUUCGCUCUCAUUUGUCUCUCUCAAACUAUCAGCUUAACAUCAGAUCGGAUAUAUAAUCCUCAUUGACUGUUACAGAAUAAGCCAUUGAGAAAAUGCUGUGUGAAUCAGACAGUCUGCUAUACCAUGAUUGUUAUUUAUAGCUGGGCUUUUCUUUUCUAUAAAAAAUACAAGGAAAAAAACACUUGGGAGAAAUACUCUGUGCAGAAAGACGCUUGACGUUAAUAUGCAUUUUCUUGUCAUUCAAAGAGAAUUACCAAAACAAUGAAAUUGGCUUCUUUCCAAGUCCUUUUUUGCUUGUUCUUAGCAUCAAUUUCUCAACCGUGACAAAAACAGGAGAUCCCUUUAAACUUACUAGCUUAAUUUGUAUAUUUGGUAUUUCCAUUGUUAAUUGAAGUGAUUGCAAUAAUGAAGUGUUAGAUUAAAGCAGCCUACAGUAUGGUGUCUGGUCAGACAGCAUAGUACUGGUUGUAAUGGCAAGUUAAUUUCACUUACAGGCAUUCAUUCAUUUGUACAGGAUAAAAAAAAAGAAGAAAUAUCUGGUUCUAAUAAUGUUCCAGAUUUUAUCAUCUGAAAAUCUUAUCUUGGUAAUUGGAUGAAAGAUUUUGAUAAACAUUGCACGUUAUUACUCAUUGAGCAAUGAAAUUGUAUUACCCUUCCACACCCUACUUCUACAAGCAAUAUGUGUCAAGUGGCGGGAAGGGGGGCAGCAGUAUCCCCCCUCCCCCUCCAGGGGAAAGGGAUGUUAAACAUGGGUUUGCAUUCAACAUUGGGCAUAUUUCAUCAUGUAAUGAUUCUAUUAGUUAUAAAUGUAACAAUUUUUGUGGGUUCUAUUUUUUAAAACAUUCUUUUUUGCUAUGAACUCAGAUAGGUUAAAGUUAAUUCGAUAUCUCCCAGAGCCAGUAAAUGAUGUAAAAUGAUUACAUGCCACUUUAAGAAGGUUUAAUUGCUUUUUCUAUUGAUAUAAUUUCCGGAACUUUUGUUACGGCCUGCAUAAGCAAUUGGAAAUAAUGGCCUAUAAUAUCAUAUACUAGAUCUACAUCAGUAAAACUUGUCAUAAAAUGACUUUAUUGUCAUAAUUUUAUGACGCAAUAAGUUUCUGCAGUAAUAAGUCUGAUAGACAGAGAGAGAGAAAUUUUCCUUUGCUAUGAAUAUAAAAAAUGGAUCCUGGAUAUAGAACACCAGAGAUUAAUACUGAAAACUGUUCAUAUUAAUUUGGAAGGUAUAUUAAUGAUUCCAAGAAAAUGAUUUGAGGAAAUGAAAUUGGAUAGUCUGUAAUUUAGAGAAAAUGAGGAAGAAUUUGUAUACAAAUUUUAUGAUGACAAGUAAUUUAUUGUUUUGGCAAGUCCUAGGGAUAAGUGUUCCUCUAACAUCAAUACUUGGUAUAUUUGAUAUCAGUUGUCAGACACCUAUCUGUGAUCUGAGUAUAUUGUGAACAUUUUACUUUAGCUUAAUGUUCGGCUAUAAAAUAACAUAUGUUUGUUCCAACGGUUUUUCUUCCAGCCCAGCCAGUAAAUUUGUCACUGAAACUUUAGUGCAGUCAAUGGUAAACAAUAACAAAGUAGUACUGUGUGCAGUGCAGGUACAAUUGUUAGAUGAAAAAUAUAAAAUCAACAAUAACAACAAAAAAUAGAGGAAAUCUGAAACUAUAAAAUUCUUUAAACUUGGGCAUGUUUAUUUUUAUGCCCCUUAUUAGGGGGACUGGGGAAAUACAGACUUGAUCAUUUCAUGCCUGUCACAAUGUCCUACUGUCUAUCAUUUUAAGAAGAGAACAGUGGAAUAUGAGGCAUCUGUGUCCUAUGGACACAUUUCUAUUUGUUUAUCUCCAACCACAGAAGUUGGUUAAUUGUGAUAAAAAUAAAAUGUGACAGAUAAAACUAAAUAUUAAAUAAAUAGCAAAUGGGCGAAUGUUUGUAUAAAAAACCAUCAGAAAAGGUUUUUACAGCUAUCAUGAUUGGUUGUUGUUGUUUUUUCUAAUAGUAGCGAUUAUUAAUGAAUAAGAUACAGUAAUAUGUGUACAUAUUUGUUAAAUUAUUUUUAUAUGCUUCCUUUUUUCACUUAACUGUUGUUAAUUUUUUUUUUGCUGCAUGAUAAUGUUAAUACUGUUUUGUAGUAUUUGUAUUUUAUCUGUAUAUAAUUAUUAAGUAUUGAAAUAUUAUAGAACACUCAAAAUGGCAAAAAAACAUGAUUUAUUUUAAAUAAAAAGGUACAAAUAGACUGCAGUUUAGUAAUUGAGACAUAGGAGGGGGGGUUCUAUGGUGAUGUGGUUAAGGUCUCUAACCUCAAAUCAUUUGUCCUUCAUUGCUAUGGGUUCAAAUUCUAACCAGGGACAUUGGAUUCUUAAUUGUGGGGAAGCUUUCAGGCUAGCUUGUGGGAGAUUAGUGAUUCUACUCAGCUGCCCACUCAUACCAGAAAUAAUGCACAAAAGGGUCACCUACAGUCUUAUGCCCAGCAGGAAGGCUGGAAAGUCAUUAUAGGACUUUAACAGUGUCAAUGAUACUUAAAUCUAACAUAACAAAGAUUUGUAUAGGAGGAAAUGUUAACAGUACAACAUUUGCAGUCUAUUUGUGUUCUAUUACAACAUUGCAGAGUUUACUGUUGUUAAUAAUAAGGGCCUAUAUAUAUAUAUGUCACUGUUGAAUACAUUUUGUGUAAGACCUGCACAUAAAGUUUGUUAACCAUACUAUGAUAUAGUAGAAUGUUUAGAUUAGAAAAAUGAUUUCUGUUAAAACUUUGGUACCUGAGAUAUUGCAGGUUUUCUUUAUAGCACUCAAUUCGUAAUUGAUGAUUAAGUUAAAAUUGUUUCAUGAAUUUAGUUGAUAUGUUGAAAAUGUAACCCAAACCACGUCUAAAAUCUUGAAUGGACUUGUCCAUCUUUAAUCUGGUCAAAUCUAUCAAUUAUUUUUUUGGGAAAAUUUCAAGACAAGACAUUAAGCAUUAACUAAAAAGCAAACAGUGCAGACCAUGAUAAGAUGGCAAAGAUGUACUGGCUUACCUUGGUCUGAACUUGCUGCAUGGUCACAAUCAGUUGCCUACAGCAGGCUUAGAGUUUAGGUUAAAAACUUAUUAUUGUAUACAAUACAUUAUCUGAUAACGGUUAAAUAAUUGCAAAGACUUGAAAGCAGAUUUCAUAAAACUUUUCCAUUGUUGUUUUUAUCGUUGUAAAAGAAUCUCGCUUUUAGCUAUAUUGGAACAUUUAAAGCAAUUCACACAGUUUGAAACAAACAAACAAAAUUUUCUGCCUGCAUGUAGAAUCAAAUUUUUUGUCACUGUAGAAUUUACAUCAUGAACUUUUCUUAGCUUGCAUAGUCCACCAUUAAACAUACAACCGUAACAAGACAUUAAAUAAGUCACAUGAUCAACCAUUUUGUAGACCUACAUUAUUUAGUUUUGUAGAAUGUAUACUUAAAUCUUAUUAGCAAAUUGUCAGGCAUAUUGUUUUGCAAAUUGUUUGUGCAAGGCUUUUAAUCAUGUUCUGUAUAUCCACUUUUUAUAUUGGCAAAUUUUGAAAUUUACUUAAUAUUUACAUGAAAUGAACAUGUACAGAAGGGGAAGUAAUUCUAAAAUGUUUACACAAUUUUCAAGUCUACAGUUACAUUUCUUGUUCAAAAAAUGUUUACUGUGCUUGCCUGAUUUUUGGGCUCAACUCAACAGGUUUAAUGAGGAUAGGAUGUUGUUGAAGAAAUAAGAAAGGGGAUCAAGUUCACCGAGGGAGACAGAUAACAUAUUCUCAUUUCAGUCAUUCGUUUAGAUUCUCAUUAUUUUGUAUUUUUUGACAGUUCAGGAAAGUCCGUCCUAUUUUCCAUUAUGUGGCAUUUGCCUGUACUUUGUACUUAUAUGUUUUUGCCAUUUGUAUGUAUUAAAUAAGUUUUUAAAUUAAUCGUUUUUUUGUAAUCAUCAUAUUGUACUUCUCAUCAAACUUCCACCCUAAAUCUUUGUAAUUGUUUUAGUAGAAACUAGUGUAUUAAUUAACAAUUGAGAGGGAUAGUUGAUUUCAGAACAUUGUGUUAAUUUAGUAUCUAAAAUAUUUGAAACAACUAAAAAUUUGUAUGGGACCAGUUAGUAAAUGACACUCAGCGAUUGGUCAAUUUAAAAUUUAAACUUGGCAAAGAUUGACCAAUUAGUUUCUCAAGAUGUUCACACACCCCACCCACACCUGUUUGAAUGCAUCAAACAGGUGGAGUUUAAAAGAACAUACCAACCAAUGCUAGAUUUUUCAUUUUAUAAGUGAGUCACAUAGGUUUAUAUUUCAUUUACUUAAAUUAUCAUGAUAAAUUAGAUAUUUGAUAUCAGAUACUAACAACAAUUUGUUCAUAUUUCUAGGCUAUUUUGUGCAUAUUUUAUCAUCGUUGUAAACAAACAUUUUGUUAGCAUCAUUGGACACACCCUCCAUACUUGUUAUUAUUUAAAUAUAAACAUGACCACAAAUGAAAUUGUAAAAUCAAUGUUAAAAAGUUGAAGAUUUGUAUUAUGGCCUUUUUUUUUUUAGGGAGCAGAAAAAUUAUUCAAUAUGUUUGCAGAAAUAAAUGGCAUUAGAUAAAUAUUGGAUUGAUUAAAAGAAAUUUGUAGGCAUGUUUGAGAUAUGGAAAUAUAAGGUUUUUAAUAGAAGAUAAUAGAUGUGAUUUUUAUUUUUGUGAAUAUUUGUUUUGAUAUUGACAAUGAGUGCUAGUGGGGAUAAGUUCAGGCUGUCUGUACCAUGUCUAGUACCGGUAAGGCUGGACAGCACAUCCCUGCAGUUUCACCCUUACCACACUAUAUAUCUUAAAAUGAACUUGUCUAUUUUUCAAUCUGGACAAAACCAUUCAUCAUUUUUAGCGAAAUUUUUUGUAGACAAGUACUGGCUGAAUAGCUAACAGUACAGACCAGGAACAGAUGGCACAUACAUGCUGACUGAUCUUGGUCUGCACUGGUCACAUGGGUAGAAUAAGUUGUGGCCGGCAGGAUGAGGGUUAAUUGUUUGACUUUCAGUUGAUGUGAUAGAUCAGACUUUGUAACUUUACCUUCAUAUACCAAAAAAAAAAACCACCAAUGGAUUGUCCAUAAUUGAAAGAAAGAUAAGUCCAUGAAAGGAAAAUCUGCAGGUAAAGGCAAAAAAUAGUUUUUGAUAUUGUUGUUAGAUGGGAGGGGUGCACUUUGAAGUUUAUAUUUUUUCAUCUGUGUAAUAAUAAAUGUUAUGUUAUAUUGUUAAAUUUUUAAUAGUAGGUCAUAUUUAACACAGAUUUAUGAACAUGGGCAUUUAGAUAAAUAUAGUUUGCACAUGACUGCCCAUUUUAUAUGUUGUAGACAUUAUGCUUGUUCAAGUUUUUUCCCACCAUUUUCUAACAUAUUUGUCUAUUAGCAAGUAUAUUGUAUAAGGCCUAUAAGUGUUUUUUUUUUUGUUAUGUAUAGAUCAUUUAUGUUAAAUAAUCUCACCUACUUAGCUCAAAUUUUAACCCUUAAUUUGCUGAACAUGUGUAAUGGAUUUGCCUUUCUUUGAAUUUGUAGCUAUCCAUUCAAAGUUUGAGAGGUUUAAAACUCAAAAUUGAAAAUACUAAAUAUGAGCUACUAACAGUAUAUAGCCUGGUCAGACUGUAUAGAUAUACAAGCUGCCUGAGCUCUGUACAGGUGGCGAAGGUAAAUCACUGUGUUCUAGCAGGUUAAGGGUUAGUUCUAUUCAUACUUGUGUAAAAAUUACAAUCAACCUAGGAAUCUCUGUUCUUCUCCUCCUCUAUUAGUGCUAACAUUGAAUUCUGUCUUGAUAUUUCCAUUGGCACAUCCUACAUUAUAUGUUACUUGUUAAAUCUACAACCCCACAGAUCCUCUUUAAUCAUGAUCAGAAAAAACGUGAUUUAUUGAAGAAUGUAUAUAGAACCUACAUUAAAUUUACGUGGUUACCUAGGAACCUAGUGUUACCUAGCAACCACAUGUGCCAGUGGAAGUACAAGCAGAAUAACCAAGUACCACAAAGUAUUAUUUUUCUUUUGUAAACACCUUACAGCACUUCUUUCUACUGUGAUUGGGAAUAUCUGGAGAAAUGCAAAUUUUUGGUCAAAUUUUUGGUUGAAUGCAGUACAGUCUCAAAGAAGAAUACUUAUGAUGUAAAUGAUCUUAAAACCAUUUUUAUUUGUCAAUAUAUCCAACUUUGUAACAACCAAUCGGGUUUAGUUAUUAGUCGGGUUUAUUUAAUUGGAUGUUUUUAACGUAUUAUUUGAUGGUUGAGAAUAAUCACAGAAAAAAAGAAGUGAAGGUGUGGAAAAGACAUCUCCUAUUCAGUAUUUUAAUUUUAAGUUACCUUUUCCUAGAUUGUUUUUUUUAUUGUUUGGUUUUCUCUGCUAAUUGCUUUUUUUUUAAAACGAUGCCAGUCUUCAUUAACCAUUGUGUGUAGAUUAAAAGAGCUGCGUCAUGACAAAAAAAAAACGUAAUGCGUUUGCAACCAGCAUAGAUUCAGACCUGUCUGCGCAGUCUGAUCAGGAUCCAUGCUGUUCGCUAUCAGUUUUUCUACUUUUAAUAGUGUUUCUAAGCGAACAUCAUGGAUCCUGAUCAGCCUGCGCAUCCUCCGCGCAGUCUGAUCAGGAUCCAUGAUGUUCGCAAACGCAUUACGUUGGUUUUGUCAUGACGCGGCUCAUUUCAUUAUACAAUUGAUGGAUUGCAUAGCUUCUAGGAUAUUAGUUGUAACUUUCAGCCUUGUGAUAUUUUCUAAAGUCAUUAUGAUCAUUCAUUUUUGCACCUUUGACAACUACAUAACAUUUUCAUUUCUGUCGAGACGUAUAGAAUUAUAGAUAUACAUAUAUAAUAAAUCCAUGAUGAAAUAUUUUCACACUAUUUUUCUCAAAGAAUCGAUAGAUUAGACAUUUAGCACUUAUUAUGCCUCUGAACAUAAAAUCUUCUUGGGUCCAUUGUAUUAGAUUUCAAGACAAGUUAUUUUCGGUUAAAAUAAGUAAUAUACUGUUAGUCUGAUUUAAAGCUAUUCAAAAAAUUAUUAGAACAAAACUGAUUUUCUAAAAUACAGGCCUAGGCCCUAAUCUGAUUGGUCAGUUCUUAGUAAUACUGAUUUCAAAUACGGAGUAUUCCUUGAAAGGAAAUUUGAUUUGACAGUUAUUUAUUACCUGUACCCAAUCAGAUGUUCGGUUACAAAAUUUAAAUCUUCUUAUAUACAUGUACUGGUGAUGAAUAUAUACAGAUAUGCAAAUAAUAGUGUGAAAUAUUCUAGUUUUUACUAAUGUUACUGUUAUUUUUAUUCUGUCGACCAUGAUUCUAUUUUUAACAAUGUUAACUUGAUAUUUGUGUGAUAAAUGUUUUUUUCUGACAUACCUGAUUCUUUAACAUUCAUAUUUGUGCUAAAUACAGUAUAGUAGUUUUUUUUUCUCUCUCAAUUGAAAUUUUAAUUUACAAUUCUGAUGAUGUACAUACAGUAAAAAUGGCUACAAAUGUUUAAUUGUCCCAUCUAUUUUUUAUUUAUGAGGGUCAGAACUGGGGAAGAGAGAGAGAAAA